ACUUAGGGCCGAUUUCACCGAUUCCAAUGGAAGCCGAGUUCAAUAGAACUUGGUUCUGCGUAAUCGAGAUCAAAAAUUAAUUCUGAACGCGGUUUACGUCCGUACCGGUUUCACCGGAUAAACCGGAUUCCUUUUGAUCCCGUUCACUAAAACUUAGUUUAAAUUUGACAAAGAAUGAACGAGUGAACGACAUGACGAGUUGCGUACAAAGUGUUGCAAGUAAAGAAAUUGUUACUGCAUAUAAAGGAAAAAAAAAAUAAUUCAUAUAAACAGAUCGCGAUAUUAUUCAAACAAAAUGGGCAGAAUUUAAUGUGUAUUAGAAAUAAAAAAAUAUGUUAUACCUAUUUUGUUCAUUUAAAUAAUUCUUAUACGUGUUUAUGUACUUUAUGUAAAUUGUCAAAACCGAUUAUGGGGACUUUUUGACUUGAGGAUGUCCCGUAACAAACUGUCACCCAGUGUUGUUUGGUUAGAAGUUUGUUGUUACUUGUUGCGUUGCGUUGCCUUACCUGUUUCUCUGCUUUUUUUUGACCCUGCUUCGUUUAAAGGAUACAGUGAUUCCCUCUUACCACGAUAACCUUCUGCUUGCUAUACGGACUCGGAUUCUUGUCACCACACGAAAACUUACUGCCUGCUAAACGGACCUGUUGGAGGAUAACCAUGUCGAAGAGGAAGAGGGACCCAACCUUCGCUGCAAGCGAAAAAUUCGCCCUAAUUGAUUUGGUGGCCAAACAUUUUGAUGUUGUCGAGUCAAAAAAAACCGACAACGUCAACAUCAAAAUGAAGAAUGACGAGUGGCAAAAAAUUGCCACAGAAUUUAAUGCUAUUUCUAGCAUCCACCCGAGAGAAUGUAGUGUAUUAAAAAAUCUGUGGGAGAACCUAAAAAAGAGGGCAAAGCAAAGCCAAACUUUGCGCAACCAGCAUUUUUUGGGAACAGGAGGAGGUCCACCAAAAAAAUUUGAUGAAGAUCCCAUAACCGAUAGAGUGCUGGAACUCAUCCAAACUCGAGUGACGGGAUUUGUAAAUAAUUUUGAUUCUGAUGGCACUCUUGUAUUAGCCUCAGGUAACACACAAGACGGAGAGGGCACAAGCGCCAGUAUUUUAAUAUUACCAGCUCCAGAAAAUGUAAUUGAUGAAGAUUGCUCAAAUGAUGCCAAUACUCAGGCCAACAAUGAAGUUUCUGAGGAAAUUAUAGAUAUGGAUUGGUCUCAGUAUACUCCGAGUAUGCUGAGAGUAGCCAAAAAUCCUGCAUUGGCCAGACCACGAAGCCCAUUGCCUGAUGAGCAGCUGGCAUCUAACAACGAGCAAGAAAUUGCCCCACCGCUACCAAUUGCUGAUUUACAGCUGCCAAUGGCUGAAGCACAGCCAACAACAAGCAGAGCACAGGAGAACCAUCAAGCUCUAAAUACUCCACAGAGGACCAUGACAACACGCGUGACUCCAGCAGCCAUGAGCGCUGCUUCUACUAGUCGCAGGCGCCCAGUCUCAAGGCGCGAAAGAGAAGCUAAUAAUUUGACAACAGAGAGACUUAACACACUCCUCAGAUGUAACACACAUGCUGAGGAGGAGCAUGCCAUCCAAAUAAGAAUAUUAAAAUUACAGGAGGAAAGAGAGAAAUUACGCCUCCAGGAGCAAUUAGAAAUUUUAGAGCAGGAAAAAUUAAAAACAAAACAAGAGAAAGUUAAAUUAGAAAUUUUAAUGAAAAAAUUAAACGAUCAAUAUUUUCCAUUCGAACCAAUUUCAUUGUCAUUAUAA